AUGUAUUAUGCCUACCCUGUUCCUGCCGGCGGAGACACCAUCAAUAUCGGUUAUUCUACUGCAGGGUCAUCAAGUACCACAGGUGCCCCAACUAAUGGUGUCGCUGCGUCUGCUAGCUCCGGUGGCUACAAUUAUGGAACUCAAACUUCAGCUACAUCUACUUUAGGCGGUUCUAGUUCAGGUUCUGAUGCUGGAUACAAUUAUAAUACCCCAACAACAAUGUCAACACCCGGAACAACGGCAGGUUCUGUAUUGCAAACCGUCUCAACAAAUGCUCCCAAAUAUCUGCCACCUUUAUCGGAAGGUGGAGCUGGUGCAAGCGCUAGUACAAGUGGAGGUGUGGAUCUCAACGUCCCAACAGGGGGAUCUACAACUACUUCAAUAUCUACAACUACACAGAUAAGCUCUAGCGGAGUAGCUUUGCCCAACUCUGAUUAUUUGCCACCUUUUCCUAAUCAACCGCCCUCACCAGGAUCAUCGCCGUCGCCAGGCACACCACCAACACCAACUGCCGGGUAUUUACCGCCAUCGGGAUCGUCUCCUGUAUCUGUACCCACUCCAGCUGCCACAUAUUUGCCUCCUGUUUUGUGA